UGUAUGUGUAUAUAUACCCUCAUCCAUUCAUCACUAGUAACUCAUCAUCCGUUGAAGAUUAAUCAAAUCUUAUAGUUUUCAAUAUCAGGAUGUUGAUCAAUGAGAGCUCACACACAGAGACAGAGAAGCAUGUUUCUGUAGAUCCAGUAUCUAUGAAACCAUUGCCUUUGUUACCCACUAACUACAAGUUCCUUACCAACUCCUUACCCAACUCGCCUCGCGUGUCGCAACCGCGGUCUCACUCUCCGCUCACUUGCGCAUCCGAUAGUCACCUUCAACGAAGCAAAUCCGGUGGUGAACAAAGAUCAUCUGUACCAUAUGGUGGUUUUGAUCUUUGGGCAAAUCUUAAUAACACCGCGGAAAAUAAAUAUUCCAAAAAACAUGGUAAUAAAACACCGUUAAACAAAGGAGUAUCACAGACGACGACAAAUGGUGCAAACAUGGUGAAAGAGGUUAAAAAACCUAAUGAAAUGGACUUCAAAUGUGGGGCCCUUUGCUUGUUCUUGCCCGGUUUUGGUAAGGGUAAACCGGUGAGAGCAAGAAGAGUGGAACCACAAGGAUCGAGACCAUCACAAGUAGUGUCACAACGGAUUUCACUUGAGAAAUUCGAGUGUGGAUCAUGGCGAUCAUCCGCCAUUCAUAGCGAUGAUGACCACAUGUCUACACUCUACUUUGAUCUUCCGUUGGAGCUUAUACGAACAAGUGUAAGUGAUAAUGCUUUGCCAAUGAAUUCGGCUUUCGUGUUUAACAAAGGUGGUGUGAAAGGUGUUCUUAAGACGAAAGGGGGGACAGAGGAACAAAAAUCGCAAGAGGGUCGCCAUGUUCGUUUUUCGACUUCUUCUACGACCACACAACCGACAUCGCCCAUCACGCCUCGCUUAUGCAAGGCUAGAGAUGAUUUUAGGGCGUUUUUAGAAGCUCAGAGUGUUUGAGAUGAAACUUGUAAUAAUAUUGUUUUUCCAAGAUUUUGUUCGGUCAUUAGUGUGUAAAAUUUGUUCGAAUAACUUGGUGCGUGACAAUGGUAAUGUAGAGUUAUUAUUACAAUCAAUAAUACAAUGUUGUAGUUAUUUUUUGUA